AUGCAUCAGGCUGAGCAAUCGGCGGCAACAACUGCACCCACGGAAUCAUCUCCUGUCGGUCUGAAGGUGGAGAUCGAGGGGCGUGAGCCUAUUGUUGAUAUCAUCGUCGUACACGGGCUGAAUGGCCAUCGCGAGGAGACGUGGACAGCAAGUAAUGGGAUGCACUGGCCUCGCGACCUGAUCCCGACCGACAUCCCGAACGCGCGUGUACUGAGCUGGGGAUAUGAUGCUAAUACACAUGGCGAUCGCGUCAGCUGCAUGUAUUUGUAUGACCAUGCACGGCAGCUGGUAUCGGAUUUAUGCCUGCAGCGAAACCUGACACAAACAACAACACGGCCGAUCAUCUUUGUAGCCCACAGCUUGGGCGGGAUUGUUGUCAAGAGUGCUCUCAUCCAUGCCGACGCGGCGCGGGAAGGGGCAUUGAAAGAGCAUCGGUCGAUCAAGACGUCAACGUACGGGAUCAUCUUCAUGGGCACACCUCAUCAGGGCGGUACCGGUGUCCAGCUGGGGAAGCUCCUCGCCAAUAUCGCGUCUGUGUUUAUUGCUGCAGACACGCGAUUACUGCAGCAUUUGGAGCGUGACUCAGAAUGGCUUCAGCAGCAGCUGGGCCAGUACGGGCUGAUCAGUGGCGACUUCGUGACGAAAUUCGCGUACGAGGUGUAUAAGACGCGAACAGUGGCCGGGCCCUUAUUAAUGGUGGUGCCACGGGCGUCGGCGGUGGUGCCAGGGGCAGCCGAUGUAGAGCCUAUAGCGAUCCACGCCGACCAUCUGACCAUGGUUAAAUUUCAGUCAAGAGACGAUGGCGGAUACAAGACGGUGUCAGGGCAGCUUCAAUUAAUGGUGCGCGACGCCAAGGCCCGGGUUAGCUUACGAUGGGAGGCUGAACGACGGACUGAUAUCGCGCGCCUUAAUCUUGAGGAUCACUUCACAGUGCCAUUCAGUCUUGCCGAGAUACCGGACACAACACACUUUGUCGGUCGAGAACGGGAGCUCAAGGAGCUGCAUACCAUAUUUCACCAAGAUUGCGGUCGAAAAAUAGUGGUUGUGCACGGUCUUGGAGGGAUGGGGAAGACGCAGCUAGCGGUGGCAUACGCUAAGCGGUACAAGACGAAGUACCCCGCAAUCUUUUGGCUAAAUAUUCGUGACGAGAAUGCGUUGAAGCAGAGCCUCCAGCGGAUGGUAGGGCGCAUCGAACAACAGUAUCCGGAUCAGCUGGGUGCCAUCGCCCAGGAUAGCAAUUUGCAACAAACUGCGGACGCAAUCAAGGCCUGGCUGGGCUUGGCCAAGAAUACUCAAUGGCUGGUAAUCUUCGACAACUACGACAACCCCAAGAUGGCAGGUAAUCAGGAUCCUGCUGCUGUCGAUAUCCGUCAGUUUCUGCCGGAGGCCGACCACGGGUCUAUUAUAGUAACAACACGGUCAUCUCAGGUUGAAAUUGGCCAUCAGAUAUCAUUGAAGAAACUAACGAAUAUGGACGAGUGUAUAAAGAUUCUAUCUGAGCGAUCUGGGUGGGACACAAUUGUCAAUGACCCUGGUGCUAAGGAGUUAGCAAAAGAGCUCGAUGGCCUUCCGCUCGCGCUAACCACAGCACGUGCUUACCUCAAGGAGACCUCGGUGACAUAUCAGGACUAUCAGCGACUGUACAAGGAAUCAUGGUUACAGCUCCAACAGACUACACCGGAACUGACGUCCUAUGAAGACCGAGCAAUGUACUCGACAUGGAACGUGUCCUGGCAGUAUGUGGAGCAGCAGAGCAAUAUUGCCAGUCAACUCCUACGCUUUUGGGCAUACUUUGACAGCCAGGACCUCUGGUAUGAGCUGUUGAGAGAAGGACGAUUGGAGGGUCAUGGGUGGCUGGCCAGCCUAACAAAAAACGAGGUCACAUUCACCCAUGCGAUGAGGCUACUAUGCAACGUCGGGCUCGCAGAAGCCAACAAUCCUGCUGGGAUCAGAAAGGAGCAGAACGGAUACAGCAUGCACGGCUGUGUCCAUGCAUGGGUGGUACAUGUGUUGAAUGAUACGUGGAAUGUGGAGCAGACAAGGCUGGCGCUGAUUUCUGUGGCUCGACAUCUACCAGAUAGGAAUAGUUCGAAGUACUGGCUUGGACAGCAGCGGCUGAUGCAACAUGUUGCUCGAAGUUGGGCAUUUGUUAUUGAAGGAAUGGUGGGGGAUGAGGAGGAGCUGGCGUGGGCUAUACAUGAGUUUGGAGACACCUACAGCGAUCAGGGCAAGAUGCAGGAAGCGAAGAAGAUGUACCAGCGGGCGCUGCGAGGUUACGAGAAGGUGUGGGGCCCGGACCACACGUCCACCCUUGAUACAGUCAAUGCCCUGGGGGAUCUCUACCUUAAUCAGGACAGGUUAGAGAAGGCAGGGAAGAUGUAUAAACGGGCACUACGAGGGAAGGAGGAGGUGUGGGGCCCCAAUCACACAUCUACCCUUGAUACAGUUAACAACUUAGGGGGUCUCUAUUGGAAGCAGGGCAGGAUGAAGAAGGCAGGGAAGAUGUAUGAACGGGCACUACGAGGGAAGGAGGAGGUGUGGGGCCCCAAUCACACAUCCACUCUUGCUACAGUCAACAAUCUAGGGAUUCUCUAUAAGGACCAGGGCAGGAUGAAGAAGGCAGAGAAGAUGUUCCAGCGGGCGUUGCGAGGCUAUAAGAAGGUAUGGGGCCUAAAUCACACAUCCACUCUCGCUACAGUCAAUAAUCUAGGGCGUCUUUAUACGAGCCAGGGUGAGAUGAAGAAGGCAGAGAAGAUGUUUCUACAGGCGCUCCAGGGCUAUAAGAAGGUGUGGGGCCUAAAUCACACACUCACUCUCGGUACAGUCAACAGUCUAGGGAUCCUCUAUGUAGACCAGAACAAGAUGGAGGAGGCGGAGGAGAUGUUCCAACAGGCGCUGCAAGGAUGCAAGAAGGUGUUGGGGCCGGAGCAUAUAUACACUCUCAACACAGCCAACAACCUUCCGGUUCUCUACGCUGACCAGGGCAAGAUGAAGGAGGCGGUGGAAAUGUUCAAACAAAUACCGACAUGGAAUGGAGGAAAUCCAUGCGAGAUCUGA